AUGUCCACUCGAGAAGAUUAUACAGAGGAUGUCGUCUUAAGCAGGCAAGGUUCGAGGAAGUUGAAUGGAUUGGCGAGAGGAGAUUCAGUAAAGAGGCUACCGCAGCUUGGGAGACUGGGUAAUCGCGAAAAGGGUAGCGCUGCUGCCAACGGGAAUUUGCAACCAAAUACGCCAUAUGAGAAGCUUCGAGCUUGGAUGAUUAACGAGGUCUUUUCGCUAGCCUUUGUCAAUUUCUAUUACAAUGACAACUUAAAUACUGCUCGCACGACGUUUGGCAUAACUUACCCAAUUGCUCGUGCAGCUGCAUUAGUUCUUCACGUCGACGCGGCAAUGAUACUAUUCCCAGUCUGUCGUAAUCUGAUCUCUCUUUUCCGUACGACGUCGUUGAACAAUGUUAUUCCAUUCGACCAAAACAUACGGUUUCAUAAGCACAUAGGAUUCUCAAUAUUUGUAUUUACCUGGAUACACACCAUUGCACACUGGGUCAAUUUUGCACGGGUGGCUACGAAACUGAACGGCGGUUUCGUGUUAUGGUUGAAAUUGAAUUUCGCCACUGGACCUGGUUUAACUGGAUACGUUAUGCUUAUAUGUCUGAUGAUUAUGGUUUUUACUUCUAUAGAAAAGCAAAGACAACGUCAUUAUAAUAGAUUCUGGUAUCUACAUCACUUGUUCAUUCCUUUCUUUGCUUGCUGGGCUUUCCAUGGAGCAUUUUGCAUGAUUCCGACGGAUAGGGCGCCUAAAUGUAAAGACAUAGCCGUGUUCUGGAAAUACUGGAUUGCAUCAGGAGUGAUUUAUAUUAGUGAAAGAAUACUCAGAGAAGUCCGAGGACAUCAACCGACUCAUAUUUCAAAAGUUAUCAUGCAUCCAUCGAAAGUAGUCGAAAUUCAAAUCAGGAAACCUCACAUGGUUACAAAAGCUGGUCAAUACAUCUUCCUCGCUUGUCCCGAUAUAUCUUUAUUCGAAUGGCAUCCGUUCACUUUGACGUCUGCACCUGAAGAGGAUUAUCUCUCGGUGCACAUUAGAGUAGUUGGUGAUUUUACCAAUGAAUUGGCUAAGAGGUUGGGCUGUAAUUUCGACGAAGAGAAGAGGCGCAGAAGUGAGGUCCGGAGUACGGCGUCGGGGGUCGAGAUAUCCAUGACUCCAGACUUGAAAAACUCGUUGCCAAGAGUGAUGAUAGAUGGGUCAUAUGGAAGUGCAUCAGAGGAUGUGUUUAAGUUUGAGGUCGCCAUGCUUGUUGGGGCUGGUAUCGGUGUUACACCUUUUGCGAGUAUUCUGAAGAGUAUUUGGUAUCGCGUUAAUUAUCCAACCAAAUCGACAAAACUCCGCAAAGCCUAUUUCCUCUGGAUCUGCCGUGAUUAUAAGGCGUUUGAAUGGUUCCGGUCCCUUCUGGCAGCAAUAGAAGAGCAAGACUUUGAUAACUUCAUCGAAGUUCAGAUCUAUCUCACGGGCGGUCUUAACGCGGAUGAAAUUGACAACAUCAUGGUUAACGAUGACGGAACUACCAUGGAUGCUCUCACUGGUCUUCGCUCGCCAACGCAUUAUGGAAGACCAAUUUGGGACAAGAUCUUCCAGAACAUGAGAGAUUUAUACCCGGCUACUGAUGUCGGUGUGUUUUUCUGCGGACCGAAGCCACUCGGCAAGCAGCUACACACCAAAUGCAAUUUAUGGAGUCAAGGGUUUGAGGAUGGGACCAGGUUUUUCUAUGGAAAAGAGAACUUUUAA